AUGCACACUCACGCUCCAACCCGGGGCAGGCUCCUCCAGUGUCCAGUGGUCCUGUGUACACGCAGUUUUUGGAGGCUCCUCCAGUGGUCCUGUGUACUCACAGUUUUUGGAGGCUCCUCCAGUGUCCAGUGGUCCUGUGUACAUGCAGUUUUUGGAGGCUCCUCCAGUGUCCAGUGGUCCGGUGUACUCACAGUUUUUGGAGGCUCCUCCAGUGGUCCUGUGUACUCACAGUUUUUGGAGGCUCCUCCAGUGUCCAGUGGUCCUGUGUACUCACAGUUUUUGGAGGCUCCUCCAGUGUCCAGUGGUCCUGUGUACUCACAGUUUUUGGAGGCUCCUCCAGUGUCCAGUGGUCCGGUGUACUCACAGUUUUUGGAGGCUCCUCCAGUGUCCAGUGGUCCUGUGUACUCACAGUUUUUGGAGGCUCCUCCAGUGUCCAGUGGUCCGGUGUACUCACAGUUUUUGGAGGCUCCUCCAGUGUCCAGUGGUCCUGUGUACUCACAGUUUUUGGAGGCUCCUCCAGUGUCCAGUGGUCCUGUGUACUCACAGUUUUUGGAGGCUCCUCCAGUGUCCAGUGGUCCUGUGUACUCGCAGUUUUUGGAGGCUCCUCCAGUGUCCAGUGGUCCUGUGUACUCGCAGUUUUUGGAGGCUCCUCCAGUGUCCAGUGGUCCUGUGUACUCACAGUUUUUGGAGGCUCCUCCAGUGUCCAGUGGUCCUGUGUACUCACAGUUUUUGGAGGCUCCUCCAGUGUCCAGUGGUCCUGUGUACACGCAGUUUUUGGAGGCUCCUCCAGUGUCCAGUGGUCCUGUGUACUCACAGUUUUUGGAGGCUCCUCCAGUGUCCAGUGGUCCUGUGUACUCACAGUUUUUGGAGGCUCCUCCAGUGUCCAGUGGUCCUGUGUACACGCAGUUUUUGGAGGCUCCUCCAGUGUCCAGUGGUCCUGUGUACUCACAGUUUUUGGAGGCUCCUCCAGUGUCCAGUGGUCCUGUGUACACGCAGUUUUUGGAGACUCCUCCAGUGUCCAGUGGUCCUGUGUACUCACUGUUUUUGGAGGCUCCUCCAGUGUCCAGUGGUCCUGUGUACACACAGUUUUUGGAGGCUCCUCCAGUGUCCAGUGGUCCUGUGUACACGCAGUUUUUGGAGACUCCUCCAGUGUCCAGUGGUCCUGUGUACUCACUGUUUUUGGACCUUUGGGCUGCAACUUCUGGACUUCUGGUUGGCCUUUGGUAUCACCACCAGAGCUCGUUGAUGCAGGACCCCAGACUCCAACCCUCAAUCUCAGGACUAGCUGAUGAUGGGACCUGGUACUCAGAUCGAGGUGGAACUUUAUAG